AUGACGAAAAUGAAGAAAGUAGAAAUGGGGACAGCGACGACGUCUGCAAUUAGGGCACCGAAUUGGAGAAAAGCUGUGUUGUUCUGGACAAUCUCUCUCACAAUCUUCUACUCUCUCUUCCAAAUGGGUCUUCGAAAUUCGCCAUCCACUUCUUCUUCUUCGUCGUCAUCAUCAUCAGAUCAUUUUGUCAACUAUGCGGAGCAAAGCACAAGGUUGUACAAUAAAAUGGAAUUGGAUUUAGAGAUAAAAGGACCAGUUUUCCUUAAACAAGGCGAAACGUCUCAGUCACUGUCACUUUCUGAUCUCUUCACAAUUAAAAAUGGAAAUAUUUCACCUGUCCUCAAGGUUGCAAAUCCACCUGUACGAGCUAAUGUAUUACAUCUCAGCACAGAAUACUCUGUCCCAGUCUCGAAAGCAGUAAAAAAUGUGUUUGGUCCUUACUUCCAAAACACAAUCUGGUUUCAAGAUUCAAAGCUGUACCACUUCAGCAUGUUUCAUGCAUCGCAUCACAUUGUCUCUGUUCCAGCCACCGAAGAUGAGGUCGAAGCAGAAGCAGCCGGUGUUAAUGCAGUUGCUAAUGAGCUUUGUCCUCUGGAGAUUGUAUUGGAUAGAGUACUAUUAACCUCCACCGGUGUUCUUCUUGGUUGCUGGAAGGUUAAAUCUGGAGAUGACCCUAUAACUAUCCGGUCGAAACUGAGAUCUGUUCUUCCACGUGCACCGGAGAAGCAACUUUAUGAUGCUGCGAUUCUCCAUACAUCAUUAGCAAGGCUGCUUGGUCCUCCUAUAUCUCCAAAAGAGGAGGCUGGUUCUGACGACCAUCUCAAGCUUCUCCGUGAGUUGGUCGCAAAACUAAACAACCAAAUCCGAGGUUUCAAGGCAAUAGUAUCAGAGCUGUGGUAUGUAGAAGAGUUUGAUCUUUUAGCGCUCGCAUUAGGAGGAAGAAUGAAGAUUCGUUCGUUCAAGCUCGGCUGCGGAAAGAGCUAA